CAAUGAUUAACUGCCUUUAACUAUCAUUUUGCAUUAUUGACACACUGUUUUCCUAAUGAAUGUUGUUCAGUUGCUUUGACGCAAUGUAUUUUGUUUAAAGCACUAUAUAAAUAAAGGUGACUUGACUUGACUUUCUGGACAUGGACAGUAUACCGUACAUACAUUUUCAAUGGAGGGACAGAAAGCAUUCGGACUAAAUCUAAAAUAUAUUAAACUGUGUUCCGAAGUUGAAUGGAGGUCUCAUGGGUUUGGAACGACAUGAGGGUGAGUCAUUGAUGACAUAAUUUUAAUACUUGGGUGAACUAACCCUUUAAAUCUAAUUUUUUUUUUUUUUUUUUUUUUUUUGUCAGAAUCAUCCCAAAUAAUGAAAUUAGUAUUCAGAUCAUAGAAACAUCUACACUGAUGACAUAUGAGGUUCUGUAAACAAUAUAAGGCUCAGCCCAUCUAAAGCUCUAUAAAAACAGCACAAAGGGAGGAGAGCUAGGAGGUUCACUCCAUUUGCCUUGAAGCACGUCACAACCUACACCUUCUGACUUUUUUAUGGCUUAUUUUUGCUGUCAUGAUGAACUUAACCGAAAACAACAAUUUGAGCAACACAUUUUAUUUGAAAGCAAUGAAUGAGAAGCCUUUGGUGGUGCAGGUGCUGGUGGGGAUUCUUCUCUAUGUGAACGGACUGAUGAUUUUCACUUUUUUGAAGAAAGAGGCCUUCAGGGAAACACGCUACAUUCUGUUUGCUCAGACUCUUUUUGUUGACACUGUUCUUAUGCUGUUGAGUGAUUUAACCCUCAUGAUGUCAUUUUACCAGUACCCUGUGCAUAUAAUUCCUUGUUAUAUCUUCUGUACACUUAUGUUUUUGCUCUAUGUUUGUUCACCCCUCACUCUUGUCGCCAUGUGUUUGGAGCGCUAUGUAGCAAUAUGUAUGCCUUUAAGACAUUCUAGCAUCUCCACCCCUAAAAAUACUUUUAUAGGGCUUCUCGUCAUAUGGAGUGUCAGUUUUGUCAUUCCAUUGUUUAUUUUAAUUGCCUCUUUUUGUUAUAUUCCUCCUGGUGUCUCUCACCAAUAUGUUGUGUGUAGUGUGGAAAUCAUGUUACAGGUAAAAUGGCUGGCAGACAUGAGAGCGAUUAGUCUGCAACUCUUAUUCAUCAUGAUGUUUUGUAUUAUUGUCUCCACUUACUUCAAGAUUAUACUGGCGGCCAGAUCUGCCUCAACCGAGAGAAAGAACUCCACAAAUAAGGGUCUCAAAACUAUAAUUCUCCAUGGUGUUCAGCUGCUUCUGUCUAUGAUGCAGCUUAUAACUCCUUACAUAGAUAUGCCUUUAUGGAAAGUAGAUUUUAUGCUAUUUGUGAAUGUAAGAUACUCAAAUUUCAUCUUGUUUUUGAUCUUGCCUCGUUGUUUGAGUCCCCUAGUUUAUGGAUUACGAGACAAAAAGUUUUAUAAUGCUCUUAAAUAUUAUGCUUUUUGUGGCAUUUUAGUUUGUAAUAAGCACAAAAUAAGAGACAGUAAACCUUCAGAAGUGUAGUAAGUAUUUCCAUACACAACUAACCCAUUUGUGCCGAAAUUAUUCUGAAUCGUUUCAUGCAUAUAGUCAUGUUAAUAGUGUCCUAUGUGAACAUGUUCUGCAUUUAUUUACCACAGUUUUUUUUUCUUCUUAAAACUCAUAUUUGAAUGUGCAGCAACUAUAGUGAGCAAAUAUGUUGUAUGUACCCCUUGAAUGUCAAAUUUGAC